ACGACGCGGCCGGCUCCGGAGCCCUUUGUGAGGGCGGCGGGCUGCGCCAGACGGCGGCACCAUGAGCGGCUCGGGCGGGGCGGCGGCGGCGGCCGUCAGCUCCGCGCCGCCCGCGCAGGACGAGGGCAUGACGUGGUGGUACCGCUGGCUGUGUCGCCUGUCGGGGGUGCUGGGAGCCGUCUCUUGCGCCAUCUCAGGCCUCUUCAACUGCGUCACCAUCCACCCUCUGAACAUCGCGGCCGGCGUGUGGAUGAUCAUGAACGCCUUCAUCCUGUUGCUCUGCGAGGCGCCCUUCUGCUGCCAGUUCAUUGAGUUUGCGAACACGGUGGCGGAGAAGGUGGACCGGCUGCGCUCCUGGCAGAAGGCUGUCUUCUACUGCGGGAUGGCCAUCAUUCCCGUCGUCAUCAGCCUGACCCUGACCACGCUGCUGGGCAAUGCCAUCGCAUUCGCCACGGGGGUGUUGUAUGGACUCUCUGCUCUGGGCAAGAAGGGCGAUGCCAUCUCCUAUGCCAGGAUCCAGCAGCAGAAGCAGCAGGGGGAUGAGGAGAAGCUCACGGACACCCUGGAGGGGGAGCUGUAAUGUGAGCUUCCUGCUCGCUCCUGUGCCUCUGUGUGGACACGUCCUGCAGGGAUGAGGCCUGGAGCAUUGACCCUGAAGGACAGCCUGGAAGAGGAGCCUUUGCCUGGCUCCCAUCAGCCCCUCUACCCCCGUCCCUAUCCCUGGAGUCCUCUUCGGUCUUCUCCUUUCUCUAGCUUGGUGUCUCCCGGCCCUGGGCCUCGGCCAGCAGGAAGGAGACUGGCAGUGACAGCGGGCAGCCCCAGGGGUGACCCAGGCCACAGGGCUGGAGGCAGAGCAGAGCCUGGCCCCACGCACAGCUGGCCUGGCUCAGCCGGAAACAGGCCGUCGUGUGCAUAUCCAGACUCCCACUGCUAGCAGAGCCACCGGGGAUCUGCUGAACGCUUGGGAGGAGCUUCCCCCAGAGAUGCUGGGCCCGGGCAUUGGGCAGAGGGAGCCUCCUUUUGGCUCUCCAGGCAGGAAAGUAUGCUGUAGGCUGAGCCACCUGGGCCCCCUCUGUCCACCUGUCAUUGGGACAGAGUGGUGCCCUGCUGCCCAUGGUCUGCCGCUGCCCGGGCCCCUCCCUGCCUCUCUGUUCUCUCGUGGGAGCCCACAGCACUCCCGGGAUGCUUCUAGAGUACCCAGAACAGCAGCCUUGGCAGCGGCUGGACGUCCGGGGAGUGCUCCCUCCCCCAGCUCCCUGGAAGCUUGGACAAGCCGUUCCAGGAUACUUCUCAUGGGCCUGGCCCGGGCCCCCAGAUUCUCCCCCCAACCCCCAAGGCCUUGGUGCUAAGGGAGUGGGGAGGGCAGGCUCUCCUCUCCCAUGGGGCUGUUUGUCCACCUCUCUGGUGUGGUCCUGCCAUGUUAGCAGUGGCCCAAGCCCAGUUAGUAGGGCUAAGCUUGACCCACCGAUAUUGCUGCUGGCCUGCCCCCGACCCUGCCUUCGGGGAGCUUCUUGCCUUUGAGAGCUGGGCAGAGGCCAGAGCUGCCUCCGCCACCAUGAGCUGUACCCAGGCCACCUGGGAACAAAGCCUGUGCGGGGGGCACGAGGAGGCGGCCCUGCCUGGGCUGUGCACCGUCUCCCCCGGCCUCCUUCCAUGCCAGUGUUCCUGUGUCCCUCGCGUAUGUCCGCCUCAGCCCGCUGACGGCUCCGCUCACCGGACUUGCCCCCAGCUGCUAGGCCUGUCUGAUGGGACCUGACGGAGCCCAGGCGGCACUGGGCAGAAAUGGGCGGUGUGGAAAAGGCUCCAUCUGGGGCCCAGCUCUGCUCUUCCUUCUCCCAGGACCCUGGCGGCACCUGCUCACGGCCCCGAGCUCAGCCCCAGUCCUGCUUUGUUGGAAACAGACCUUGGGCUGUGUCCAGAUCCUUGCUUCCCAGAGGGAGCGCUCCUCUCAGGGGCUUGUUAGUGUUGGACAGCAGGAGGGGCAGUUACUGUCCUGGGGACACAUCCCAGGGCUCCUGGUCAGCAGUGGCCCCCGGCGGCCUUCCAGAGGGCCUGACCAGGCUGGGCCCCCGGGUGGCAAGGGCACUGCAGCGUGGCUGGCCUGGUGGGACACGUGCCUUCGGGGGUCCUCUGGGACCACCUUUCUCAAACAAGCGCUGGGUUCAAAGGGCUGUGGGCUCUAGA